UAUUUAUUUUAUGGAUUUCGGUAGGUAAAAUGUAUUUAAAGCUUGUCAUGAUUGGUUUCCAUCGAAAGUUAUAUCUAGCAUCAAGAUGUCACUACUACUGAUUUUUUUCAUGACUGUCCUGUAUCUCACCCUUGCUAUGGGAAGGGGUUACUAUCGCAGUAAGUAAAGUAUCGAUUUGUGUGUCAACACAUCUUCUAUGACUUAGUUUUACCUUAAUGCAUCCACCAUACACGAAUUUUCUGAACUCCUAAUAAAUCCAACGUAUAGUCUUUUUAACAGACUUUCUUCUUUUGUGGUACUCUGUGACUGUACUGACACAUCCAUUACUAAUAAUUACAUGUGAUUUAACAAAAGCAGUAGCUCUCAUACUUGUUGAUUUUACUAAAGAAUUUGACACCAUUAAUCACUCACUUCUUGUGACUAAAUGCAGUUAUUAUGGAUUUUCUGAAAAACCUCUUUCGUUUAUUCAAACCUACCUUGAAAAUCGGUAUCAAAAAGUUCGUCUAAAUCAACAGUACUCUACCGAACAAAAAUUUUGUUCUGGUGUACCACAGGGAUCAGUCUUAGGACCCCUAUUAUUUUCAUUAUAUAUCUCAGAUUUAGAAACAGAGGUAAAAUCACGCAGCAUACAAUUUUUUGCAGACGAUAGUCAAAUUUUCUAUUCAUUUAGGAGUAAUAGCUUGGAAACAGCAAAUCAUGAAAUUAAUCAAGGUCUUGUCCAAAUGGAAAAGUUCGGUAGUAGUCAUAAUCUUCGUAUGAACCCUUUGAAGAUAAAUAUGUUGGUGUACGCAAAAAGAACAAAAAAGAAUACUUUAAAAAGGGACACAGACAUACAUUUAAAAGGCUUCGACCAACACCAAUUUGAUAGCCUAGAUCCUCCAAUGUUCGAGUAUCCAUCGUAUGCUGGCCGUUUCUACAACUGAAGCCUCCCACAGGAUCAGAACCGGACACCGCUACGCCCAUUUUAAGUUUAUCUAUAUAUUCCAAUAUAAGUCAAUAAUCAAUAAAAACUGAGGAUAUCGAGGAAACAGUUGUUUUUCUAAUGCUGAAUUCGUUUGACGAAACUAAUGCAAUUGACAAUUUAGUAGAAGUACUAUAAUCAUAUACAACAACACAGUGCAAGGAUGCAUUUUGUGAUAGAAAUAGAUUAAGAUAGAAAGUGAAUAAAAUAAAGUAUUGCAAUUUGUUAGUUACUCAAAACUAAGUUAAGAACAAAAAACAUGACUAGAUAAUAAUAAAACUGUUCAAGAAUCUCAGUUAGGUAACAUUUUUUCUCAUUUACAGUUAGUGAGAUUCCAUUACUUGUAUGACUAAACAUACAGUGAAAUUAAUAAUAAUAUACUAAGUGACAUAUAAAUCCGAACACCCAGUUUAAAUGGUUUUAUUUUAAUAAAAUUUUGUAUAAGUACUUAAUGAAGCAUAAUAAGUAAAUG